CCCCAACGAACUCAUACACUACCAAUCAAUACCCUAACGACCAAGUCAACUCACGACAUGCACUUCCGCACCCUUCUCCCCGCGCUCCUCCUCGCUGCCCUCUCCCCCGCGCUCGCCAACCCCUUCGUCACACGCCAGGACACCUGCGAGUGCCAGUCGCCCACCGGGUGCCCGGGCUACUGCCAGGACACCGAGGGCAUCGGCGCAGCAUGCUUCAAUAACUGCGGGAAUGGCAUCGCAAUUGCGUGCGGUGCGUGCCAGGGAAAGACAGGCGCAUGCUUUGUGGACGCUACCGGAGACGAGUGCUGGUUGAUGUACCCGUGAGGUCGAGGGGUUAGCGCGGAGAUUUCACGAAAAGGGAAAUGAACCUGAUGAGGCAUUCUCGGGCGUGCAGGGUCUCGGUUUUAUCGUUGUUGGGGCUAUCGGCGAACGAGCGUAUGUGCAGCGUGAGAUCCCGCGAUAAUGCAUCAUGGUCUACUCUUCCAAUUAAACCGUCGUCUAAUCCUUUCUGGAGCGCGAACUGCUGUCGCGACCCUCCUGCCCAUCCUUGCGUCGUCUGUGUCAACUAGCCUCUUAAUGUGUCGAGCGAAUCUUCUCGAGUGUGGGCAACAUCCCGUGUAGGUCAGUCUCUUGCUGCUUGCUGCUGCACACAUAUCGAAAUUGAC